AUGUUUGUAACCAUCGAGCACGGACUGUUCACCGCACAGAUGCCUGCUCAUGAUAACGUCUGGUUUCUGUCGGAUCGUACAUGUCUUGUGCGGCAUGUGGAGGCGAUUCCUGAAGAGAUCAAACUGCAUCUCACGCCAAAAACCACAAAAGCACAAGAGAAAUGUUGGAAAUUUCAAGGACUGCUCUAUCCACUGACCUCUCUGUUGAUCGAUGAAAUCGCACAACCGUUACGGAAACUCCGACCAACCCCUGAAGAAGUUGCAGCAUUGAAAGUGAUCAUGCUGAUGAAGCCAACGAUCAUACGUGAAUCAGAAACCGUACCAUUAGCAAAUCCUGAUGAACUGCGACUUCUGUCAGAUGUACGAGACAAAGUUCUCAUGGGAUUACAUGCUUUUUAUAUUGCCAGUGGAGAGGAGAAUCCCGAAGAACGACUGAGCGAUUUGCUGAUGUUGAGCGGAGGAGUAGCUAUUUGUGCCGCUCAAGAAUUGGAAGGAUUGCAUUUGUUACGGUUUUUCGACAUGGCUCGAUUCGACGACGAUUGCGCCAAAUUACUAUUUGGCGGCUAA